UUUUUAGUGUGUGAUAUGUAUAAACGCCAAAGCAACCAUGCAAACUGCCCCAUGUGGACAUCAAGUUGUCUGUCGUAAAUGUUUCGUCAAAACCAUACAGAUUGCUGUAUCCCAAAGACUUCUUCCCUUGAGAUGCGUCAUUUGCAGGGCUAAAAUUCUUCGGCUUAAGACUGGCCCUAUUCUUCCAACAUCAGCAAGUGGUUACUCUAUGACUUCUAGAACUUCGUCCGUACCCCAAUCAGAUAGUCUUUACAGUGUAAGUAGUGGUGGAUCAUCUAUAUCUUCCGCAUCAAGUUCUUCCAAUGGCAGCAAAGGUGCGCCUUGCUGCAGCGGGCGUUGUUCAGGAGCCUAUCCUAGACAGCCUACGACAGGAGCAAUCAAAAGGUCACAGCAACACGCCAUGAAAAUGAGAAUACAGGACUAUUGUAGACCCGAGAAAAAUCACGUUAACCGUUUACCUCCAAUAAGAGAGCUACCAGGACAAAGUCCCUUGCACAGUGCACCUCCUGCUUCUACUAGAAUAAGGUGCGCACAGAAGAUAGUGACCCAAUUAGAGUUACCUUUAAUCAAAAAAGGUUACAAAUACGAAAAAUUGCCCCAAGAAGAGGAAGAAGAAAAGAUCACCGUGAAACUGAAUCCUACGAAGGACAAAGAACGAAGAUGGUGGCGGGAUAGGACAAAAAGUGAAGAAAGAAUCGACAACAAAAAGAACGAAAUAGUAGAAAAAACAGAUGGAAAUGAAAGAAAAAAUUAUUAAAAGCUGAAAAAAUAACGGAAAAUACUAAUAGUAAUAAUAUUAAAAAUGAAAAAUUGUAAUAUCUAUUUACGUAUUACGGGAGGAAAGUGUCUUUUUAGCUUUGUGUGCUGUGAUAGUUUCAAAAUACUUUCCUUCUAAGGUAAACAUAAUUUUUUUAUUCUACUACCCUUACUGAAAGUUAAAAAAUAUUAGAUAAAAUAUCAUUAGGACGCUAUUAAUAAAAAA